GCUUCACCUAGCUGAAGGGCGCCUUACACUGCGUUGCCUAGACGCGGUCUCCACUCUAGAACACUUUUAUCCCAACGGUUAUUGGUUCUUUGAUAAAUGUGACCGGCCCACUGCCACUUAUAGUAAUCGACAUAGCCCAAAAGAUUAGUAAGCUAAUCCUUUCUAUGUCGAUAACUUUACUUCUCUGUUGGACCAUUUAUUUUGAACAUGCCAUGGUUGUAUCACUACACUAUCCAACAAUAAGUAUCGUAGUCAACCACGUGUUGCUAAGUGUCUUUCAUCUGGAAGGACAGACCUUGGUCUAUGACUACGCUUUCGAUGUAUUGUUGAUUUCAUAUCACAGUAAUUAAGAUAGUUUGCAUGGAAAUUUGAUAAGUAGGUAUCUUCUGCCAACCGCGAGUGAAUGUAUCGGUGUUAUUGGCGGAAUAUAAGCUUUGUAUCGGACAUUCGAGGUCGCUGGUUCAAAUUCUACACGCGCUAAUAUCUUUUAGAUUAAUUAAUUGUAGUAAUCAUCUGAUUCGAUAAUGAAAAUAAACAUUAUAUCACAUUUACGGUAUAUAGAUACAUUUUAUCUCGUAGGAUAUCUUGUAUAAUUAUAACCUCUCGCGCGUCUCGUACAAGGGUUUAAUAGAAAGCGAAUGAAAUUGAAUAUAAUAGGAAUUGAAAACAUAUGUCUUUUAAUCUUCAAAGAACGGAAAAAUAACACUUUCACUUUUUUCCGUAAGAAAGGUCAGAAUUGUAAAUAUUUUAUGUAGGACACCCGACUAUGUUCAGAAAAUGAAAGUAAAACGCCAUUAUAAGCAAAUUCAGUAGUAUCAACUUGUAUGUACCAUAGAGGACAGUUCGACAGAGUGUAGUUAUUUUGUGACCUUUACAUCAAAAGCUACAUAAUUAUGUAAUUGUAGACUCUUUGCUUAAGUCCGGUAGUCUACUGCCAUAUCAGUGUCACCGAUUGAUCAUGUCAUUUAUUAAAAAACAAUCAACGUUCGUUCGUGUAGUAUUUUUGUUACAUAUUAAAUUAUUUGUCGUGUUUGUUUCACAAUGAUUAUACAACAAUGAUUACUGAUACAAAAGACUAUGUCGUGAUAUCUGGUGUGCCACACAAAAGGAAUGUAAUACUAGCAGACGCGAACAUUCCAUAUAAGUUCUCAAUAGACCGAAAGAAGAAUACUCUGUUUUUCUGUAUAAAUGCGGACGAGUUUUCAGACCAGAGCUUUCAAUCUGUGGCGUUGAAUCUUGACACUGGGUUAGCUUCCAUUGUGCCUGGAAUUCGUAAUGGGUAUGCCAGUGCCGUGAAUCAAACUUCUGGUGAAGUUUACCUCGGAGGAAGUGAUGGCAUAUUCAAAUACAAUUACUCUACCAGCGACAUCGAUAAACCCGCGCUUGUAAACCGAACAGAUAUAUUCGACAUGUAUUUCCACAACAACCUGUUUUUUGUAGACACAGCGAAACAAAAUCUGUAUGAGUACAAAGAUACUACGAAGCUUUUGGUCCCGGAGGUAAAGGAAAAUCUCAUUCAACACUUUGUAAUCGAUGGUAAAAGUGAUUUGUAUUUCAUUAAUCCCACUGGACUGUUUGUGUUGGUGAAGGGCAGUAAAUCGCCAGUUAUAGUUCACGGCAACGAUAUAAGUAUCCGUGGAGCUACAACGGAUGCGUUCGGGACACCGUACUUUAUAGCGCAUAAUGGAAUAUAUUCAAUUAAUAAAAUAAAUAAGCAAUUAUCUUUGGUAUUGCCCGUGAAUAACGGAUACGCAGUAGCCUUUGAUAAAAGUAAUAACAUUAUUUACAGUGACGAGCGCUCAGUAAACAUAUUAUCUCCUUGCUAAAUCUUUAUAUAAUAAUGAUUCGAUGACAUAACCUUAGCACAUAAUAUUAUUUUUAAAGUUUCAAUAAAUAAGUGUUUAUUAAAAAGGCAAAUGGAUCCCAACUAAGCGUAACUAAAACAGACAUUUAAUCGCUGGCACGAAGUCGAGACACGAUAAUGUGAUUGUGAACGUUUUGAUUUCUGACUCAGUAAGGCAGAAUAUUGGGGCUUAGUAAGGCACGUUUAGAAUUUCAAAUAGACUUUCUUAUAGCCGGUAGCUUUCACCAAUUUACUAAUUCAUAAAUUUUAAUGUUCCGAGCCUAAUAACUGGUGAUGUAAUUUUUGUAUUCUAACAAAAAUAUGGAAUUGAAUAAUAAAAUAUGCGCAAGGUUGAAAUGAUUUGAAAGGGGCAUUACUUACGCGCAUACUGUAAGUGGUAAAAUGAAAUGUAAUUUAUAUUCUUGGAGAGUCCAGCAAUGAGUACGGAGGGGACGGGGCCACGCUCCCGCCGGAAAAUGUGGAAUGACACAAAUGGAAAUAAAUGAAUCUUGGUUUUAGUAAUUUCGAUAUUAACAGUCCUUUCUUCUCUACUUGGAAACAGCGGGAUUCGGUUUUAAUGAUGAGAUAUUUCGAAAUUUGAUUGUUUCGUGAAUAUUGAUAUUUCAAUUUAUUGA